UGGAGCCCGGCACUGCCAUGAACAACCAGCUCCUGACUGUGCUGCUGCUCCUGCUGGGGGUCUCAGGCCCCUGGGGACAGGGACAGGCUCCACAAGGUCCCUUGGAGGACCUCCCAGAGGAGCCACCUGGGGAGGAAGUUCCCAAAGAGGAUGGGGUUUUGGUGCUGAGCGGCCGCACCCUGAGCCUGGCAUUGCAGGAACACCAGGCCCUGCUGGUGGAGUUCUAUGCCCCAUGGUGUGGGCACUGCCAGGCGCUGGCCCCUGAGUACAGCAAAGCAGCCACUCUGCUGGCAGCUGAGUCAGCCCCAGUUACACUGGCCAAGGUGGAUGGGCCUGCAGAGCCAGAGCUGAUGAAGGAGUUUGGUGUGACAGAGUACCCCACUCUCAAGUUCUUCCAAGAUGGGAACCGCACACACCCUGAGGAGUACACAGGACCCCAGGAAGCUGAAGGCAUUGCUGAAUGGCUAAGGCGACGGGUGGGGCCCAGUGCUGCACACCUCAAGGAUGAAAAAGACACUGAGGCACUGAUGGAUGCCUGGGAUGUGGUGGUCAUUGGCUUCUUCCAGGACCUUCAGGAUGAGGAUGUGGCCACCUUCCUGGCCCUGGCCCGGGAUGCUGUCGACAUAACUUUUGGUCUCACUGACCAACCACAGCUUUUUCAGAAGUUUGGCCUCACCAAAGACACAGUGGUCCUCUUUAAGAAGUUUGAUGAAGGGCGGGCUGACUUUCCAAUGGAUAAGGAGACUGGCCUGGACCUGGGGGAUCUGUCCCGCUUCCUGGUCACACACAGCAUGCACCUGGUCACAGAAUUCAACCAGCAGACAUCCGAGAAGAUCUAUGCUGCUCGGAUACUCAACCACUUACUGCUGUUUGUGAACCAGACGCUAGCCCCACACCGGGAGCUGCUGGCCAGUUUCAGGGAGGCAGCUCCCCCCUUCCGGGGGCAGGUUCUGUUUGUGGUGGUGGAUGUGGCUGCCAACAAUGACCACGUGCUGCAGUACUUUGGUCUCAAGGCUGAGGAGGCCCCCACCCUGCGCUUGGUCAACAUUGAGACCACCAAGAAGUAUGCACCCACAGAUGAGGGCCCUAUCACUGCAGCGUCUGUGGCUGCUUUCUGCCACUCAGUCUUCAGCAAUGAAGUCAAGCCCUACCUGCUAAGCCAGGAGCUUCCCCCUGAUUGGGACCAUCAGCCUGUUAAGAUCCUUGUGGGCAAGAAUUUCGAGCAGGUGGCUUUUGAUGAAACCAAGAAUGUGUUUGUGAAGUUCUAUGCCCCAUGGUGCAGCCAUUGUAAAGAGAUGGCCCCAGCCUGGGAGGCUCUAGCUGAGAGGUACAGAGACCAUGAGGACAUCGUCAUUGCUGAGCUGGAUGCCACAGCCAAUGAGCUGGAGGCCUUUGCGGUGCACGGCUUUCCCACCCUCAAGUACUUCCCAGCAGGGCCAGGUCGGAAGGUGAUUGAAUACAAAAGUGCCAGGGAUCUAGAGACUUUCUCCAAGUUCUUGGAUGCUGGCGGUGAGCUGCCUGUGGAAGAGGCCACAGAGAAGCCUGAGAUGCCCUUCCUGGAGCCACCAGCCAACUCCACCCUGGGGCCCAAGGAGGAGCUAUAGUCACCCUGAUGCAUCUCCCUGAAGUCUUGGGGCACUGGAG